AAAAGGAAGCGACGUUUUUCACUAGAAUCGAUUCUUAAACUACGGAACGCCAUCGCGAUCGGUCAUGUCGAGUAUUUGAACUAUUGCUGAAAUGGCGACGCUAGUCGAUAACUACGAGCAACAAUACGCCGUUCUGACAGCUGAUAUCACCGCAAAAAUAAGCCGAAUUGCAAUAGUGAAUGGCAGUGAAAAAAGAGGGCUCAUUCAAGAUGUUGACCGGCAAGUUGAAGAGGCUCAAGAACUGCUCGAACAAAUGGAGUUGGAGGUACGCGGAAUGAGCGGCACCGCUCGUGACCGUCUCCGAGGUCGUGUAGAAAGUCACAGAGCAGAGCUGAAAAGAUUAACUCAGGAAUUUCAGUCAGCAAAAAGGUCAAAAGAUGAUGGAAAUGAAGAGGGAUUGGACGAAUCUUGGGAUACCAGUAUUACGAUAGAUCAAAGGAGGAGAUUAUUAGAUAAUUCCGACAGAGUGGAAAGGACAGGAAGAAAUAUUCAAAACGGUUACCGCAUGAUUUUAGAAACGGAGGAAAUAGGCUCUCAAGUUUUGAAGGAUCUGCAUGAUCAGAGAGAAACAAUACAAAGAACCCGAGGAAGGUUACGAGAAACCGAUGCAGAACUGGGGCGAGGCUCUCGGUUACUAUCGGGGAUGAUAUUCCGGGCACUUCAGCAGAGGAUAGCCCUGGCAAUGGUGGCCCUUGUACUCAUAAUAGCAGCUUGUUUCGUGAUAUAUUAUAGCUUCAAAUCUAAGGGUUAAUCAAUCAAAGACAAACAGAGUUCGAGGACUGCUACUGAAAAUUAUUCGAUUACUUGUCCGCCGAUAUAAAUAUAGAAUUCCGGAUAUGAACUAUCCAAAUAAAUAAUAAUCGCUACAGCUGAAAAUACACAUGCAUAGGAUACACGCGACGUGCAAGAAUAGCUUUCUUCGUUUUUCACGGUCACAUUUUAAUCGAUUGAUUUCGUGACGUCAUCUUGAGCAGCUCCCGACAUAUGGGAUUUGGAAAUUAAUAUUUAGUGCUCGUCGAAACGACCGACAAUUGAAAUACAUAUGGGAUUGCAUUUCUUUAUCAAAUAGGGAGCGUCAGUUCGAUUCCGUACGGCAGCAGGCCAUCCCAUUGCUUGCCGAAAUUAAUGAGGUAGCGCACGUUCAAUGAUAUUUCUACAACACCCGUUGCACCACGACCCGUAUAGAAUUAUGUCUGAUUCCUGCGGACGAACUCACAGAAGCACUGUAACGCAUUUAUGCCAUAUUUUUAUUUAUUUAUACCACGUCGUAUAUCAAUUGUUGCACGUAACGACUUUAUACAUUUCAUUUAAUAUGACAAGGGGAUGCAGUUUUAUGUAUUUUCAUCUUGGAUCAUUGCCAAAGUUUAAAUCGUUUAGGCUAGUACGAAUAAAUAUUUAAAUAUAUAGAAUUAAUUAUUGUAAACGUAUAAUACAACGUAGAAUUGAUGUAUAACGAAGCUCCUCAAGGAGAAUAUAAUUGUUAAAAUUAAUAAAAAAUUAACAAGUUGGGGUUGAA